CAGACAGAAGCCGUGACCGCGUGACCGCGUGACCGCGUGCAGGGACGGUCACAGCGUGGGCCUCUGAGUGAGGACAGAGGACAGAGGACAGGAGUUUACACACCUCACACACUCAUUCGCUUACAGGUGAUGUGUAGCUCGCGCGGUUUGACUACAGAGGGGCUUUAAAUGGACCACCGUGCCGCUCUGUGUGCUGAUAUGAAUAUUGCACAUAUACUCCGUAGCUACAGGUCUGUUUGUUGCUUUUUAGAAACGAAUCCAACAAGAAAGUUCUUCUCCACACAGACCAGUAUGGCAUCAGUGACACACAAGAAUGCUAAAAGGAUUGAAGGGCUGGACAAGAAUGUUUGGAUCACCUUCACUUCAGUGGCAGCGGAUCCAACCAUUGUUAACCUUGGUCAGGGUUACCCAGACAUUCCUCCUCCUUCUUAUGUGAAAGAGGGUCUCGUUCAGGCUGUCAUGGUGGACCGGCUGAACCAGUACACUCGUGGCUUUGGACACCCAACACUGGUGAAAGCCCUGUCUCAAGUGUAUGGGAAAGUUUGUGGCCGUCAAAUUGACCCCUUCAAAGAGAUCCUGGUCACAGUGGGAGGCUAUGGGUCAUUAUUCUGCAGCAUUCAGGGGCUGAUAGAAGAGGGAGAUGAGGUGAUAAUAAUUGAACCAUUUUUUGACUGCUAUGUUCCUAUGGUCAAGAUGGCAGGAGCCAAGCCGGUUUUUAUACCACUUCGACUUAAGUCCGAUAGGAAGACAGACAUCAGUAGCGCGGACUGGUUUCUGGACCAGGAUGAACUUGCCAGUAAAUUUAAUUCUAAGACAAAGGCCAUCAUUAUCAACACUCCUAAUAACCCCAUUGGGAAAGUCUUCACCAGGAAUGAACUGCAAGCUAUUGCGGACCUUUGCAUCAAGCAUGACACACUGUGUUUGAGUGAUGAGGUUUAUGAAUGGCUUACAUAUAAAGGCCAUGAUCAUGUGAAGAUAGCGACUCUUCCUGGCAUGUGGGACCGAACCAUCACUGUUGGCAGUGCAGGGAAAACCUUCAGUGUGACUGGCUGGAAGCUGGGCUGGUCAAUAGGGCCUGAACACUUGGUGAAACACCUGCAGACUGUUAUGCAGAACAGCUUGUAUGCCUGCCCAACACCACUACAGGAGGCCGUUGCGCAGGGGCUUCUGCGCGACUACGAGCUGAUGGGGCAGCCAGAUUGUUACUUCUCUUCACUUGCGGAGGAGUUACAGGGCAAGAGAGACCGCAUUGCGACCAUACUGAAGCAGGCUGGAAUGAAUCCAGUGAUCCCUGAAGGGGGCUACUUCAUGAUUGCUGAUGUCACGGCUCUCAAUCAGCAUCUUUCUCAUGUGGAAGAUGAUGAGCCAUAUGACUACAAGUUUAUCAAAUGGAUGACAAAGGAGAAGAAAUUGGCUGCCAUUCCUGUGACGGCAUUCUGUGGGGAGGAAUCCAUAAAACACUUUGAGAAAUACAUCCGAUUCUGUUUCAUCAAGCAAGACAGCACACUCGAUGCAGCAGAGGCCAUACUGAAGAACUGGAACAAAGCUUGAUGUUGGAUGAUGCAGCAUAGCGCUGCACUGGACUCCCUCCAUCACUUUACAGGAGGGAGGAAGAGAAAUGAAACUUAAAUCAUGAUGGAAGUUAAUGGUACGAUUUGUUCUGGGUCAUUUUGACCAUCUCUGUUGGUCAGCUUAUCAUGAAAUUUUAACAACUAAGCAGUGUAAUCAGAGUAUUAAAAUUGUGAAAUAAAAACGGCGAGAUGGAGAUCAUGUCUUUGAAAUCUGUAUGAUGGAACAUUUAGCACUGACAGGAAUCGGCUGCCUUGGGGCUCUGACUACAGCAGUUUUUUGCAUGCCUGAGCUCAGUUUCUCUUGCUGAGUUUCACUCAAUUCCACAAGCUGAAAACAUGAUUCAGAAGAUCUCAGAAGAUCCGUCAGCGCAGCACAGCAAAAACGCGCAAUGUAAACUAAAUUUAGACAACAGAAAAAAUGUAAAACGACAAAGCUGAGCAGAUUUCUACAGUACAACUUGACAAAAUUAGUUUGUGCCUGUUUGUGUCCUUCUGGCAUUUUCAUAUGAUGCUCGUUUUAACCACUAGAUGGAGUCAUUUAACAUGAUUUGCACAGAGCAUAUCAUCGUCAUAAGUGUUCAUUGGUCCAAUUCAGCAGCUGCAGAGGUCUGAUCUGAUCUGUGAUUUCUAUUAGAAAUUUGUGAAUUUCAAAAUUUUGUUUGCACACUUGUACAAACGUUUUUACUGUGUUUGAACAAGGCCGCUCAUCUUUUAGAGGGUCUGAGUGAGCAGCACCAGUAUAUUCUUAAAAGUGUGUUAAAGAACAACACACUAACUUGUGUUACCCAUUUUACCACUUUUUUGUGUCUUAUUGUUUUCAGAUUUAAAAUCUAUAAUAUAAUCCAUAACUGGGUACAGAAA